AUGCCUGCUCAACUAGAGCCAAUCCGGCGCUUCAAGUGCACCUACAAAGACUGCGACAUGUCUUUCGACAGCGAGAAGCUGAUGAAGAGCCACAAGAGGCAUUCCGACGAGCAUGAAUACUGCCACAAGUGUGACGAAGACUUUGACUCGUUCGAAGACUAUGCCAUGCACAAGAUUACACGUCCAGCAGAGCAUGGUCUUGCAUGUCGCGUGUGCGGCGACGAGUUCAAAAGCACCUCUGGCCUAAAGCGCCACAUUGAGCUCAACCACAAAGUCGACCAGAAGCUGACCUGCUUUGGAUGCCACAAGUCGUACUACAGCGCGGCCCUGUUCAUCGAACACCUCGAAUUCGGCCACUGUGAUGUCAUCUCGGCGAACCAAUUCCAGGGCCAUAUUGUUCACAAGUAUCUCAUUUCGGAGCUACUGAAGUGCGGCCCUGCGUUGGACCGCUUCAGACAGAAGACGUCCAAGUUCGAGGCAGCCAUUGACUACGAGGAAGAGGGCGGCGUGUCACUUUCGGAAGACCCGCUGGGCGAGGAUCAGGAAGUGGAUGCAGUCGAGUUUAAAGCUAUCACGCCGGAUACGCACUCGGAGACGCCACGUACUCUGGUCUUUUCUGGCCAGUUUCCACCACUCCCCUCGCAGUCUACCAUGAGAAAUAUUGACUCUGAAGUUGCGUCAACCAUGAACGGCAUGUCUUUGAGUGGUAGAGAUGAUACUGGAUCAGACACUUCCACCGUUGUUGCAUCUCCAGUCGCAACCAGAGUCUCCACCCAUUCCAUGCGCAGUCCAUCCUCUCGACAUGGCUCUUCUGUGCACAGCCACUCGACGCAAAAGGAUUCGGCGAUGCAAGAGUCUAACACCUCCUCUGCCCCCCGCGAGCUCAAAGCCUGGGGCGGUCGCAAGGGCAAGUCCACUGGCGCUAUGCUGUUUCCCAAUGCCAGGCCCAAGGCGCCUCCAAGCGACUUCUCCGUUGCUGCCCACGACGAUGCCAUGGAGCAAGAGCACGGCAUUAACAUUCUGCGCUCGCGCUUCUGGGACCCCAUGAGUGAUGACUGGAACCCCGAGAAGUUUUUCGAUGCCAUCAUCACCAAGUACUACUGUCCUUUUAUCUGCGAGCAAAUGUUCGACUGCGCCGGCGACCUCAACAAGCACAUUCUCAGCCACCACCGCGUCACGCGCAUGAAGUGUCCCAAGUGCCUCAAGACAUUCAACAACGUCACAGCCCUCAUCGCACACUGCGAGUCGCAAGCCUCGCGCUGCCAGAUCCACAAGGCCGACGACUUCAACAUCUUUCUCGACCGCAUGUCCGGCGGCUUCCUGAGCGUCCACGACACGACGCGCCCCGACCAUGCGAAUACCAGGAACGUGCUGCUGACAAACGACACGGGGCGUAUGGAGGUGUUUAGGCCGCUUGUCGCGAGUUAUCUGCAGUAUACUGUUACGACCCCGCCUGAUUGGAAGGAGCCAGAGCGAGAGUUUGUGCGCAUUGGAGGUAUUCCGGAGGCUGAGCAGUGGUAG